UGUCGGGUCUAUGCUGUCGUCCCAUAACCUCCCAGAGAAGAAAAACAAUGACCCUUUUUCCAAAAUCUGUUGUCGUUGUGGCGCCGAGUACAAGAUAAAUGCUAACGGAAGCUGUGUGCGUAAAGAGGAGUGCAGUCACCACUGGGGAAGAUUGCGCAGAAACAGAGUUCCAGGAGGUUGGGAGACACUUUACAACUGCUGCUCUGGUGCAGUUGGUUCUCCUGGAUGUGAAGUUUCUAAACAACACGUACAAGAUGGGCGUAAAGAGUCCUUGGAUGGUUUUGUGAAGACUUUUAACAAGCCAUUGCCAGUAGAUGGAAAUGGAGGCGUCUACGCCUUGGACUGUGAGAUGUGCUACACAAAACAAGGUUUGGAGCUGACCAGAGUGACCGUCAUUAACUCUGACCUCAAGGUUAUUUAUGACACUUUUGUCAAGCCUGGCAGCAAAGUGGUGGAUUAUAACACACGGUUUUCAGGUGUGACGCAGGAUGAUCUGGAGAACACCACCAUCACCCUGAGAGAUGUGCAGGCGGUGCUACUGAGCAUGUUCAGUGCAGAGUCCAUCCUGAUCGGACACAGUCUUGAGAGUGACCUGUUUGCGCUCAAGCUUAUUCACUGCUUGGUUGUGGACACCGCUAUUGUGUUUCCUCACCGCCUGGGUUUGCCCUACAAGCGUGCCCUGCGCAACCUUAUGGCCGACUACCUCAAACGCAUCAUACAAGACAACGUUGGAGGGCAUGACUCCAGUGAAGAUGCCCGAGCCUGCAUGGAACUCAUGAUCUGGAAGAUCAAAGAGGAUGCCAAGGUGAAGCGAUGACCUCUGACCCUGCCAGUUCUCUCACACGAUGUUAUGACCUUGAAGGAUUUUCGAUGAACAGAGCAUCAUAGAGGAAGAGUCACUGAAGCUCUUCAUAAUGGGCUGUGCGUCACUUGGGUCGGAUAAACUGCUUCAGAGUAAACUCUGCAGUUUGAAUGAGAGGGAAAGAAAGAGAUGGACUGACAGGAGGGAUAAUGUGAUAGAUUGCAAUGCCUAGACCACCAUGGCUCCUAGCAACCAGAGCUAUCAAACAAGCAAUCUUAAUUCCCAUCAUGCUAAAACUGAUCUAGUUUUGGGCAUUAUUUUCACAAGUGGACAUAGAUUGAGGAGAGGUUAAUUGACCUUGAGUUGAGUUAAAGUAUUCUCUGUUUUUUUCAGCAGUACAUUUGUUUUCAAAGACCCUAGUCCCACACAUCAUCAAUUGUGAGGGUGUUUUAAUGUUCACUCUAGGUGAUGUGGAUCUGGGAAGGUCUGUGUGUUGCACUCUUAAGUCAUGUUUUUCAGCACUGAUUCGAUGUCAAUUCCUCUAGUAAUAAUGUAUAGCAAACCACAUAAUCAACUAUGCUGUCUUGUCUAGCUCCGAAUGAGUAAAACUAGAGCAUUCUGACAUUUUCAUGACCCCAAUGCCUUGUUAAUCAGACUCAGUAUUAUUAUCUGUACUCCAAUUAGUACAGUUUGUUUACACAUUCAAAUUUGUUGGGGAUUUGUUCACACAAAUCAAGAGCUGACAGGACAUUUAGAAAAAUAAUAAUAAACUGUUUAACUUUUA